AUGGUUGGGAGACGCAAGGGCGGCGAUGAGGCUGUCGGUGGCGAAGCACCUUCGCCUGAACUCAUUGCGUCCGCGAAACUCUAUCUGGAGUCUCUGGUCAGCAACGGAUCCAUACCCCAAGGAAUCCGCAUCGAUGACAGUGCCACAAAGUCCUUGGCAGCCGUUGCGCAAUAUCUCGUAGACACCAUCAUGCAAGAUAUUUUGGCUGACAACAACGGUGCAGCGAUGGAACCGGAUAACAUGCAAAAGCUUGUCCAGAAGAAUGAUCCAUGGAAUCGAUUGUUUGGCGCUGCAUCCAUGUGCUAUGGUACAUAUCCGCAUGGAACUCUCCAGAAAGAUGACAUUGACUUGGGACCGUAUAUUUCUCGGAAAUGCGACGAAGCUCGCGUUACCCUAACACCCGAAGGCUUGGCCAUGCUGAAUUACUACAUGAGCAAAAUAUGUCGUCGCACUGUAGUGGAAGCUGGAAAGUUGGCCACUUUUGACAUGGUAUUGUCCCACGAGUCAAUUGGCACUUCCAUUAGUCUCACAUUCCCAGCAGGGCAACUUGCCAAGGAAGCAAGCGAAGCAGGAGCCAACGCUGCGACUGGUUAG